AUUUCUUCACAACCGACUUCUUUGUACAACGACACAAAAAAGUUUCUCUUUGUAUGUCUGCCACGAACCUGUGAGUUGUAGUUGACUCUCCUGAUUCCUGUCUGGUUAUGUGUGAUUGUGAUAGAGAUAACCUAUAGAUAUAUGGUACACAAUGGCAGUUCGUCAAGAAGAUGAUCAGGGUGACCUCGAUGGCGCGGACAAGGUCUCCAACACUGUCUAUGCACGCGUUCUGGGAAAGCUGAGGGAAAAAUAUACGCGUCUCUGCAGCAAGCCAGAGUGGUGGUUCGUGCAGGAUGAAGUGAUCGCUCUACUAGCAAAGCGACUGCACAAGAACUCUUACGCCUUCGUAGAUGGUUUUCUCAGCGAUGACGCCGCCCUAGGGCUGCGCGCGGAGUGCCAGAAAGCAGAUGCGGCGGGUUGUCUGAAGUUAUGCUUGUUGAUUUCAUCUGAUCGUGGCAUUACAUCUUUGUUUUAGAUAACUCCGCAAGAGUGGUCCUUCAACAGUGGUCCUCAUGCUUCUAAGAACACCCGCAGGUCUCGUAAACGGAAGGAUUGAAUCCAAGACGACGGGCGAAAGCAAUGAAGGAAUAAAUCAAGCUCGAGAUAAAGAAAACCAGGAAAAAUACGUUGAAACGUCGACGCGCGGUGAUCGCGUCGCCUGGUUCGAUACCUGGUCGUACGGCCAAGGUCUCGACGACGUCGGCGUCAAAAUCGGAACACUACUCGAAGAACUGAAGACAUACUCGAAAGCCUCGUCGACUCUUCUUCCGCAAGAUGCCAAGGCUGGAUCCGCGAGAAGGAAGACUGAAAUCAAGCCUAACGACACUACACAUACACAAGAGCUUCUACCCGAUUUACAUCGGAUAGAUUGCCGCUCACAUCAUAUGGUGGCCUGUUAUCCAGGAGGCGGGGCACGGUACACAAAACAUUACGAUAACGAUGGGCGACAUCCGCAGCUGUCAAAGCGAGUCCUCACGACGCUCGUUUAUCUUAACAAAACGUGGAACGGCGGAGAGCUCUGUGUUUUUUACGGUCUGGAUUUCUGCUCAUUUUUUUGGAUCCUAGAAGAUCUACAAGUGUGCCAUCUCUAAAUUCCUGAUCGCGUACCGAACGAGGACAGGCUCCGCGCCAAAGUGGCGCCACGUCUCGGUCGGCUCUUGCUUUUCUUCAGUGACACAAGAAUCCCACACGAGGUAUUGCCUUCCCAGACACUCCGCUACUCAGUCACUGCCUGGUACCUCGACGCCAAGAAAGCUUAUGAAUGGAGGAUAUGACUUAAUCUUUUUGUUUACUUUCCUCUGUCAAGUGCAUGUCAAAAGUUCAUCAGCUUGCCCUUGCAGGUAUGCUGGUUGAUCGAAGCCAUACUUUUCUAAGGACCUCCUGCCUCUGAGCCAAGCCAGGCCGCUGACAAAGAGAAAAGUCAAGCGGUUCUUGUUGAGGAUGCGGCAACAAACACAGGGAGUGAAUCCCAAAGGGAAGUUGAGAGCGUCGCGACGAACGACGAAUGCGACGUCGGUCUCGGUCUCGGUCGUGCACACCCGGACACAAAGUGCCCCGAAACCCCUGAAACUGGUGCUGAUCAUGUCGGAGGGCAGGAAAAGCAAGACGACGAGGACAUCCCUUCUUUCGAGUAUGAAUGGGUGAGUAAGGACAAACUAGAGAUAACGAAGCUGGAAGCUUGUCCGGUCAUUGAAUUCGAUGGAUCCGUGAUCCGUGUAUCAGAUGACAGCCACAAGAUAUUGGGCACUAUCCCAGUGAGCGAUGCGAUUGGAAAUACAUGCUCGUCUGGCGAGGAAAGCUACCAAUGCAAAUGGUCUGGCAGAAAACACCGCUUGCAGAUACUGUUCAAUAGUUCGUCUGCUACAUAAAUUUUCAACCCAGGCAGGCUGUCGACGUGGUCGUGCAUACGCGGUCACCUAUGCUUAUUUUCUUUUAAGUGAUCUUAGUCUUGAUAAUGAUGUGUUCGACCACCAGCACCACCCCAUAUCAGAAAACCGAGACUCAUGGUCAUGCCAGAUGAAAUGGAU